UCCUCCUAAUCCUCAAGUCCAUCUCUUCUCUCUUUCCUACUCCAUCUCUUUAAUUAGUUGUACAUUAAUGGCGGCUCUCGAUCUAACACCUCAAAACGACAACAAAGAGAAUAUCUCACCCUUGGAGAUGAGUCAGAUGACCACUACUUCUGUCAAGCCUUUGGAUUCUUCUUCAUUCAUUGAUAAAGACAAAACCCAGAUCAGAAUCAGGAGAAAAAGAUCUAGAAGACAGCCUCUUAAAGAUAUCACCAAUCUCUUUUUCUUGUCAUCAUCAACAUUGUCCUCUUCGUUUCUGAUUCGUCACUUCCCCUCUUCUUCAACACUAUCAGUUGAUCCCAAAUUCAUGAAGAGAAGAUCUGGUGUUGGUCUCAAGGCUUAUUCUACCUUCUCUUGUAGAAAUUUCAGAUGA